AUGGAUACGGUUGUGGUCCUGGUGCUCUGUCUCUCCUGUUUGCUUCUGCUUUCACUCUGGAGACAGAGCUCUGGGAGAAGGAAGCUCCCACCUGGCCCUACUCCUCUCCCACUUAUUGGAAAUACCCUGCAGUUAGGUGUUAAGAACAUCAAACAAUGCUACAGGAAUUUCUCAAAAGUCUAUGGCCCCGUGUUCACUGUGCAUUUUGGCAUGAAGCCCGUCGUGGUGUUGUAUGGAUAUGAAGCAGUGAAGGAAGCCCUGAUUGAUAUGGGAGAGGAAUUUUCUGGAAGAGGCAGUUUCCCAGUGGUUGAAAGAACUAAUAAAGGACAUGGAAUCAUUUUCAGCAAUGGAAAGAGAUGGAAAGAGACCCGGCGCUUUUCGCUCAUGACCCUACGUAAUUUUGGGAUGGGGAAGAGAAGCAUCGAGGACCGUGUUCAAGAGGAAGCCCGCUGCCUUGUGGAGGAGCUGAGAAAAACCAACGCUUCACCGUGUGAUCCCACUUUUAUCCUGGGCUGUGCUCCCUGCAAUGUGAUCUGCUCCAUUAUUUUCCAGAAUCGUUUUGAUUAUAAAGAUCAGAAUUUUCUUAACUUGAUGGACAAAUUCAAUGAGAACAUCAGGAUUCAAGGCUCCCUAUGGAUCCUGAUCUGCAAUACUUUUCCUUCUCUCCUUGAUUAUUUCCCAGGAAUUCAUAACAAAUUAUUUAAAAAUGUUGCUAGUUUAAAAAGUUAUAUUAUGGAGAAAAUAAAAGAACACCAAGAAUCUUUGGACAUAAACAAUCCUCGAGACUUUAUUGAUUGUUUCCUCAUCAAAAUGGAGCAGGAAAAGCACAUUCAGCCAUCUGAGUUUACUAUUGAAAACUUGAUAAGCACUGUACGUGAUUUAUUUGUUGCUGGCACAGAGACCACAAGCACCACACUGAGGUAUGGACUCCUGCUCCUGCUGAAGCACCCAGAAGUCAGAGCUAAAGUCCAAGAAGAGAUUGACCGUGUGGUUGGCAGACACCGGAUCCCCUGCAUGCAGGACAGAAGCUUCAUGCCCUACACAGAUGCUGUGGUGCAUGAGGUCCAGAGAUACAUUGACCUCGUCCCCAACAGUGCACCACAUGCCGUGACCCGUGACAUUAAAUUCAGAAACUACCUCAUCCCUAAGGGCACAACCAUAUUUCCAUCACUGACCUCGGUGCUACAUGAUAACAAAGAAUUCCCCAACCCAGAGAUGUUUGAUCCUGGACACUUUCUGGAUGAGAGUGGCAACUUUAAGAAAAGUGACUACUUUAUGCCUUUCUCCACAGGCAAACGGAUCUGUGUGGGAGAGGGCCUGGCCCGCAUGGAGCUGUUUUUAUUCCUGACCACCAUUUUACAGAACUUUAAGCUGAAAUCUGUGGUUGACCCAAAGGACCUUGAUACCACCCCACCUAACAGUAGAUCACUUUCUUUGCCACCCUCAUACCGGAUCUGCUUCAUUCCUGUGUGA